UACGUCUUCAUGCUAAUGUCUACACUACUGACAGACUGACAUCCUUAUAGUUCGAUAAAAGCGAGAACUUCGUUCAUUCAAUUUUCAUUUAGCGGAGCACUCUCGAAAAGUACUUCGAACUUUUACAAGAAUCUACUUGACCUGAAAUUGAGCUGCCCCUUCGGUGUCAUUAGUAAACUUGUUUACAAAUAAGGUGCAAAAAUCAACAUCUGUCGCCUCAAGUGUUACAAUGUUCAAAACAGCCACGGUCACGACGCUGCUUCUUAUUUCCAGCUAUUUGGCGGGCGUGGAUGCACAGGCGCCGCCGCAGGAUGGAGGUGGAGCUCCACAGAACAACAACAAUGGCAACAACACCAACGACCAGAGAUGCCCACUACAGGACUUCGACUAUUCAUCGGAUGAGUUUGUGUGCAAUAUGACGAUCAACUUGUAUGACAUCACCACUGAGGCAUUCAACACUGUCCAGCAGACGUAUGUCUAUGCAAUGACUCCCUCAGAAGACAACGAAUUCGCAUUCUCGCUCGUCUAUAAUGACGAGCAAGCUGUGUGUAUCUUCUCACAGGUGCCCUCGCAAUCAUACGAAGCAGUGUGUGCUGAUGUAAAAGACGCCUCUUCGUUAUCCCUGGUAUUCGAGCAAGAAUGUUCACCUACUACCAUGUAUGUCACAGGCUCUGGACCUGGAUCUGGUGCUUUUGGCUUCCCAGUGGCUCUAUCAGCGUCUUGCACCAGGAGUGUGAACGCGGGGUAGACCCAACGAGGGCAAGAGAAUACACAGCCGCAACAAUCGCAGCAGCCAUAGUAGGAUCAGUAGAUACUGUAGAUUGUCAAGUAGUGUAUAGUCACUGGUACAAAAAGAUAAAUCGGUAGGAAGGUCUAUCUAUUAAUGCACGACGACAUAGAAAUAUAAAAAUAUAGCUGACUAUUCGCACAGUCAACAUACGGGAAGAAAUUAUUUUCUUUAUUUUUCAACAUCAAAGAUGAAAGGAAGAUAAGGUUGAUUUUUCCUUUACAAGAAAAUAGGAUAAAUAAAUAUUUGCGCCUGAGACCUAUAGA